GCCGAGCUCCGGGUAGUGAGGGGAAGGCCCCGCCGCCUAGAGCCCAGCGCUCCGGAAGUGAAGCGGCCAGACCACCCGCUAAUGGAUGCGGAGCGGAGGGUCGGCUGACCGAUCUCUGCGCCAGGGUAAAGAUUGCCUUUGGAAGAAGAAGCCACCCAAAGGAGGAAGGUUACCCCCAUAUCUUAGAAGGGAAGGGGUGGCACGGAGAAACCCCUGGGCUCCGAUCCCUGGGGCUGCUGGCUGAGAGCAGAAUCCAGGGUUUGUGCUCCUGCCCCUUUGGCACCUUCCAGAAGGUCUUAGAAAACGUGCCUGCAGCAGGAGCAGUUGACAUUAAAGCUGUAGGCUGGCAUCUGUGGCAUAUGGACCCCGUUUGGACUGAGGGGGAUUCUUCAGGCCGACAGAAGCAUAUUCGUAGCCCAUUAACACACACUCCACGGCAGUAACUGGGAGACGGGGAGCUUGGCUUGGCCGGAGCUAAGAAAGACCCAAACACAUCCAUUGCGUGGAGCUGGGUAACAUCUUCCUUUUCUGGAAGCUGAAUAAAUAAGCUGGUGACUCUCACAGGACAGUUGGAGCGCCUGAACAGGAGUCCAAGCCUGCUGUGACACUUCUCUCCGGGAGUUCUGGGUGCCAGAGUGGAGGCCUUACCCCGCUAGCUAGCAAAAGGAGAGGUGAGGAGAGGCAGCAGAAACUGGGGGAGUCACAAAAGCAGCUCUUGCAGGUGCCUCGGGCAGUCGGAGAAGGGUCAGUGCCACCGUGUGGCUGCCAGCGUCGGGGAGAGCAUCAGCGGCCACCGGACUGCAGAGCCACAGUCAGUGAUGCUGUCCUAGCUGAGUUCUUGCCCCUGGGCAAGUAAGGGUGAUUGGUCCAGAAGACUUUGGGGCCGCUGUUGGAGUGGCCUGGGACCCAUUCCCUGGUGGGGUGCAAGUUCAGGAGCUGAGCCAGGAUAUUCUGAGUCCUGAUAGGCAGUGCCUGUCCACACCACAAACUAAUCGGUACCCACAGAGUUGGAGCAAAUACUCGGACGAUGGCGCUGGCACUGUUAGAGGACUGGUGCAGGAUAAUGAGCGUGGAUGAUCAGAAAUCGCUGAUGGUUCUGGGGAUACCAGUGGACUGUGAUGAGGCUGAGAUUCAAGGGGUUCUCCAGGAGACUUUAAAGUCUCUGGGCAGGUAUAGGCUGCUCGGCAAAAUAUUCAGGAAGCAGGACAAUGCCAAUGCUGUCUUACUAGAGCUUAUGGAGGAUACUGAUGUCUCGGUGAUCCCCAGUGAGGUUCAGGGAAAGGGGGGUGUCUGGAAAGUGAUCUUCAAGACCCCUAACCAGGACACUGAAUUUCUGGAACGACUGAACCUCUUUCUGGAAAAAGAGGGGCAGACAGUCUCCGGUAUGUUCCGAGCCCUCGGGCACGAGGGGUUGUCUCCAGCCACGGUGCCCUGCGUGUCCCCAGAGUUACUGGCUCACGUGUUGGGACAGGCGAUAGCUCAUGCCCCUCAGCCCCUGCUACCCAUGAGAUACCGGAAACUGAGAGUAUUCUCGGGGAGCGCCGUGCCCGCCCCAGAGGAAGAGCCCUUUGAAAUCUGGUUGGAACAGGCCACUGAGAUCGUCAAAGAGUGGCCGGUAGCAGAGGCAGAAAAGAAAAGGUGGUUGAUGGAAAGCCUGCGUGGCCCUGCCCUGGACCUCAUGCAUAUAGUGCAGGCAGACAAUGCAGCCAUAAGCGUGGAAGAGUGUUUGGAGGCGUUUAAGCAAGUGUUUGGAAGCCUGGAGAGCCGCAGGACCUCCCAGGUGAAAUACCUGAAGACGUAUCAGGAGGAGGGGGAGAAGGUCUCGGCCUACGUGUUGCGGUUAGAAACCCUGCUCCGGCGCGCCGUGGAGAAACGCGCCAUCCCCAGGAAUAUCGCAGAUCAGGUCCGCCUGGAGCAGGUCAUGGCCGGGGCCAGCCUCAGCGAAGUCCUUUGGUGCAGGCUGAGAGAACUGAAAGAUCAAGGGCCGCCUCCCAGCUUCCUCGAGUUAAUGAAGGUAAUCCGGGAGGAAGAGGAGGAAGAGGCCUCUUUUGAAAACGAGAAUAUUGAAGAGCCAGAUGAAGGGGAUGACUAUGGCCCCUGGGAUAACGAGGCAGAGGACUAAAAACCAUCUCAGGGCGGGACCCACAGCCAGUGCGCCCCGGGGAGGUUUGCUGUACCCCGCUGAGACCACGUGGCUAUUUUUGUCCGAGGCCUCGGCGCCAGGUCGUGAUUCUUCUUUCUAGGAAAAAAUACCAGAGAGUUUCUUGGGCCCUACGUAGAUUAUUAAUAAAGGACGAAGUUCCAAGUAAGGAAUAGGAAGCCUGAAGGAACCCGCGACAUUUCCCGUUUCCCAAAUAGACCAAAGUCGUGCACCCAUACCGCAGAAGAAAGAAGUGAUGCAGGAAAAGAACACCUUUUGUAAUCUGUUUAACCUCUAACCCCUUUGACUCCUCGGCUGUGUUCCUUCCUCAAAUCAGCACAUCCCCUCUGAGUAGCCAGCGGUGUGAGGCACUCUUCACGGAGGUGAGAAUCGUAACCCCGCAAGCCUGGGCCGUGCUCUCGGAGCGAGCUCACCGGCUCACCGAGGACGUGGCCUCGGCCUGUGAGACGCUAGAUAAUCCCGGGUGUCAGUCACGACACCUGUGGAAGUGCCACUACCAAAUGAAUAAGGCCACCCCCACUGCUAUGUGUCUUUCUUUCUUCGCUCGGGAAGCACUCCUCCACUUCUCUGCCGCGUGUCGGAUGGCCGGUUCCGGGCACUGUGUUAGGCCCUCAAGACACAGACGACUCAGCCCAAUCCCUGCCUUCAAGAGAGAGAGCUACGGUGUGAGAGAAGCACUUUCGAGAAAGGGCAGACACUACAGGAAGGCUGCCUGCGAGGGAGGGUGUGCAGGCCGCGUUUGGAUUCAGCGAGCAGACCAUUCUGGUUGGAAAAGAUUUUUAGGGGCGACCAAAGGGAAAGAGGAGGGGAAAGGAGCCUGUAUUUAUUGAGGGUCUAUUAUGUGCCAGCUGGUUUACACACAUCUCAUUUAAUGUGCCUGCGAACCCCUUAUGGUAUAAUUUUGCUCUUUCUGAAAGAGAAAGAAAAUGAAGCUCAGAUGAGUCGAGUGGGGUUCUCGGGAUCGAAACGCUAAGCAGUGGCAGAGCCGAGCCACAAGUCCGGAACUCUCUGCCUCUUGCUAACCCUCUGUCCGCUGUGAUGGUGGCUUUCAAAUUGUGCUCUACGGUUCUGCAGAGAUUUUUCAGCCUGUCCACCUUUAACAUGUACUUUAAACUCUCCCGAGCUCUACUAGAAAACAGGUAGACUCAAGUGUGUUGAUACCCAAAUGUUCACACACUGGCACCCAGCCACGGGCUCACUUCUGUUUCCAGAUGGACUCAUUUUGUGCAGACCAUGGAAGUAAGGUCCCCUUGUGACAUCUGAGCACAUAGCUGGACUUCUCUUAAGCGUUCAUAGAUUAAGGAAGUGAUGGCACCUCACAGGUGUUUAAGUCACGUCCAUGCAUGUCCCGUGAUGUAGUGUGCCCCAGUAGAGCAUAAAUGAGCACCAUUCCAUUAAAUGCUAGUUGAUCUCGGGGCGCCUGGGUGGCUUAGUUGGUUGGGCGUCCGACUUCGGCUCAGGUCACUAUCUCGCGGUCCGUGAGUUCGAGCCCCGCAUCGGGCUCUGGGCUGACAGCUCAGAGCCUGGAGCCUGUUUCGGAUUCUGUGUCUCCCUCUCUCUCUGACCCUCCCCCGUUCAUGCUCUGUCUCUGUCUGUCUCAAAAAUAAAUACACGUUAAAAAAAAAAUGCUAGUUGAUCUCUAGCGUCACGAUAGCUUUUUGUAUACAAAGAACAAUUGCUCACCUUCUCUGAACAUCAGUUUCCUCAUCAGGAAAAUGGGAAAAUAAUAGAAUAGGGUUGUCGUUAGGCUCAGAUGACAUAAUGCCUUUGAAUCACUUAGCAUGAUGUCUGGAACACAGAAAGCCUUUAAUGCGUUAAGACCCAUGAUUUUCAUGAUACUUCCUGUCUGUUCAAUGCAUGCUGUCUUUAUUCUAAGAGUUGUGCCGUAACAAGUAAGUACGGAAUCUGUCAGUCAGUUGUGACGACAUUGCAUUAGGAACCAUUUUAGCUACGUUUGAGUGCUUGCUGUCUGUUAUCUUUGUGAUAAGUAUCCCAGCCAUUGUUAAAGACUAUUGUUAGUGAUUUGACUUUGAAACAAUAAAUUAUUCUUUCUGAUUUGUGGCUAACUUUAACUGAAGAAUAUCCUGAGAUUGUAAGAAAAGCAUUUUUUUUAAAGUUACCAUUGGUGAUCAUUUCGUCCUAAGUUAUAAUUUUUUUUAAUACUGCUCACCAAAGUGAUAAUAUUUGUCAUCCAGUACACCCUGAUUUCAUGGUUUCUUGUAGUCAUAAAAAUCGCCUCAUUGUUCUCGAUUAUUGACAAUAUACAAAGUAAAAUGUUAUAAAUGUGAAGUUAUACAAUAAAUACAUGCUAAUAAAAUUCUGAGGUUUU